AUGGGCAGCAACGAUAGCGGCAGCUCAGUGGCCGGGCCGGUCCGUAGCCACCUGGACAUGUUCCAUCGCAUCCUCCACGACGCGCAGUCGAGCAAGCUGCACACAUGGAGCAACUUGGCAUUGCAGCGUGCAUGGGACUGGGCGCUCUAUCUGCAGCAGCAGGCGCCGCCGCCUAGUACAACUUCAACCACCGCCGCGCAGCUUCGCAGCGCGCCGCGUGAUGUGCUUACCGCGGUCGUCACCUCGCCUUUUCUCUUGACGCACCCGAGCCGCCUGGAGCUGCUCCAUAGUGUCUGCGACCUCUACCGGCGCGUGGACGACCCCGGUCAUGCACUCGCCAGCGACAUUGUCCACUGGCUAGAAGAGCAAGCGACGACGGAUACGCUCUUCGAUCUCGCCCAUGCCCUCGGCGACGCGCUGCCUUGUAUGCACAUCACUCUGGCCCAUCACACGCUUCGCUACCCGGCCUUGGAGCACUGGCAGUUGCAACGCCGGACGCUGCAGGUCGCUGCGCUCGCCACCAGCUUCCAGCACCAGCUGCUCGCGACGACCAAGUCCCAUGACGAGUGUCGAGCGAUCGUGUCAGCGUUUUUCAAUACCGCUUCGUCUGCAAACAAUAAGUCUAGUCUUGAGAAGGACAUUGUAGUGUACGCUGCGCUCGUGCUGGCAUGGCCACCGACGGCAACCCAAACGCACAACGAUCUCGCGGACGGACUCGCAUCCCUUCUGACGACCCACGUAGCCCAGUUGCUGGACCUCUCGCCGUGGCUCGCUGCUCGGUUCUGCCAGCAGCACCCCGCGGUUGCCCAAGAGUAUGUCGCCGCUCUUGUGGCCCACGCGCUGGCUCGCAAAGCGGACGAAGCGGAUGCUCACGAGACGAGCGUGCGCCUCGGGACGCUCGUGCAUGGCCAUGAUCAGCUGCACGCGGCAUGCGAAGCAAGUCUUGCAGCGCUCGCGCCAUCAAUCCUCCACAAGCUCGUGUCACCGCCUGUGCUGUAAAGUGCCUUUGCGUCGCUGCCCG